GGCUCUUACCCAUACCUGGGCCAGAUUCUGGUCAUGUCUCUCCAGUGGGCUCUCUGACAUGAAGGAAAUGCUGUCAUUCAGGGAAGUGGCCAUUGAUUUCUCUGUAGAGCAGUGGGAAUGCCUGGAGCCUGCUCAGUGGAAUCUGUACAGGGAAUUGAUGCUGGAGAAUUACAGCAACCUUGUAUUCCUGGCUCUAGCUUUCGGAGAGAGGCUACAGUGAGAAAUAUAACAAAAGGUAUUAAGCAGAUUUCCACCAAUGGCAGUGAAGUGUCUUCCAGUUGUUGACCAAGCACUGAAACUUUGUCAAGCAGCUCCUUCAGGACAAUUGGCAUCUCCAUGACACUUUCUAUGUAUGAUAUCAUGGAUGUAAAGUAAUAAACAUUCUUACCCAGCUAUGAACCCUGGAAGUAUAAUAAGGAAGAAGUGCGAUGGUGACCUGAUAGUUAUUGGUGGUAACCAACCAUCUUCUAAUUGGAUUUAAAGCUCAUCCCACAGGCUGUAACUAAUAAUAGGUGGUGUUAAUGUGGUGGUGAGCCUGCUAUUCUGGUAAGUGGGCACGGUAACUAAAUGAAACCUAGUUUGUUGGGUCAUUUGUGUUUCGUGAAUGCCAAAACUUUUACUGAGGUUCACAGAAUAUAUACCCCAAGUUUACCGGGUGAAGAGUUUCAGGAAGCACAGUGGAAAAACAGGCUUAUGCCCUCAGGGGGGGAAAAAAAACAACACACACACACACACACACACACACACACAGGGAAAAAAACAGGAACUGAUUUAACAGUGUUACUGCCCAGGUGUGGUACCACCCAGGGCAAACAGCAAGGUCAGAAUGAUCCUUUGUUAGGAACAAAAGGCGUCUACAUGCAUCAGCAAGGCUCAGAAGGGGUCCAGGAGGGUUUGACACAAGUUCUUUUAGUUUUUUUUUUUUUUUUUUCUACCCAGAGAUUCAGGCACCUCUUAAAAUUUGCCAGAAAAUAUGAACUGUGUGGUCGAAGGACAGUACUACACAAACACACAAUUGGUCACAGUGCAGAGAAUAGUACCCUGUGGAUACACUGACCUAAGUAAGACACCUACAUCACACCCCUAAUGCCAAACCUCAGGGAUCUAUGAGUGAGAAGAGGUAGUGGAGAGAUGAUCAGAGCCAGAUAGAGUGAUGUCUACGUGAAACAGCAUUGGCUAGAAAUGUCACUGUGGAACCAAAGGAAAAUUCCACAAGCUACACCCCUCCCCUAAGGGAAAUUCCACCAGUUAUACCUACCCCACCCAUUCAUGGUUUUAUGACCUAGUUACACCCUGUCUUCGUGGUAGUCACAUGACCGGCAGGACCGGCAGGGACUUUCCACUGCCCAAAACCACAGCCUUUCUCCAGGCACCAAGGACAAUGUGACCAUGACGUGGACCAAUGAAGUUAAAGGGCAAAUGGUUCCAACCAAUCCUGUGUGCCUCGAUGUACCCCUCCCCAUUCCUGUGACUUUUGUGCUUCUUGUGCUUAAAAGUAGCAUGUAUCUGUAGGACGGGGUUCGUUGCCUUCUUCUCCCGCUUGAAGGCUGAGGAACCCUGAUGCGCUGGAAUUAAUAAACCUCUUGCUGAUUGCAUCGAA